AUGGCAACCGAUAUGCUCGAACAUCAGCCUGUACUGGCUGUGGAGGAUCAAAAUUUGGACUCUACACCUGGUAACACGACCCCUAUGACCAAGUCUGGGGUUGGCCAAAUCACAACCGCGGAUCUAGCGGAUGCGCGCUUCAGCAAGGGCGACAGAGUGCGCAAGAAGGCAUCAGCGCCCGGUGGUGCUCAAUCCAAGUCCGCCUACAAGAUCUACGCGCGCAGGAGCAGCCCUCAUGGCUGGAUCGAGUAUCAGCUUGAAGACUACUACACGCAAAAGGUGGAUGGCAGCUGGACACGCGAAAGGGACCUCAAGGCCGGCGCCUGA